UCUAGUCACCCAUCACGUGUAUCAUUUCAUAAGCAAAGUCUUCUUCGUCCUCCAAAAAAGUAAUCUUCUAUCGAUAUAAUUUUUGCUAUAUUACUUAACGUUUUCACUUUUCCUGAAUCAUAUCACUGGCAGAAUUUGAAGUUAUCAGAGUUUGGAGAAUCGAUAAAAGAAUCAUAUAAAAAUGAACGGAGUAAUAGCUAGACGUUGUUUGACUACACUCGUCAGUCGGUCCGCGAUUUUAAGCAAGGAAAGACAAGCAAUUUUUCGUAACUUAAGUCAAAAGAGAUUCUGUACUUAUUUUUGUGCUAAAAACAUGUUGGAUAGAGUUCAAUAUAGUAAUGACUUCUACUUCCGUCAAUUGUUUGACGAAAAGUCAUGGACAUAUUCAUAUUUAUUAGCUGAUAAAAACUCGAAAGAAGCUGUUAUCAUUGAUCCAGUUUUGGAAAUGGCACCUCGCGAUGCCAAACUUGUUGAAGAAUUGGGAUUGAAAUUGAAAUGGACUUUGAAUACUCAUUGCCAUGCUGACCACAUUACUGGAUCAGGAUGGUUGAAGAAGUUAUUGCCAGGAACAUUGAGUGUUAUUGGUAAGAAAUCAGGUGCAAAUGCUGAUCGCUUCCUCGAUGAAAAUGAAGAAGUUGUUUUUGGACGACAUAAGAUUCAAGCUGUUGAAACUCCUGGACACACUAACGGUUGCAUGACUUUCAUCAUCCAUGAACAAGGCAUUGCAUUUACCGGUGAUGCUUUGUUGAUUCGCGGCUGUGGAAGAACUGACUUCCAAGAGGGUGAUCCAAAAGUUUUAUAUGAAAUGGUUCACUCAAAAAUUCUAUCAUUGCCUGAUAACUUUACUCUUUAUCCUGCACACGAUUAUAAAGGUGUAAUGGAAACAACAGUCGCUGAAGAGAAGAAAUAUAAUCCAAGAUUAACAAAAUCAGUCACUGAGUUUGUUGAAAUCAUGAAUAAUUUGAAUCUACCUUAUCCACAUCAACUUGACAAAGCAUUACCAGCAAAUCGUGAGUGUGGCGUCUAUGAUAUCCCAGAACAGCAGCAAUAAUGAGCUAUGCAACAUUGAGCAAAAUUUUAGCUGCUACUUAAUGUAAAAUGCAUGAGAUUCGGCAAUUUUGAGGAAUUGGCAGAAAAUUAUUUUAAUCAUCACGGAAGCAUUACAUAAUCUUUGCAUUUAUUUUAAUCUUUUUUUGGGAUAAUCAAUUUUUUGGAAUCAUAGGAUUCUGGAUUUAGCAUUUUUAAAAUGUAUCUUAAUCAUUGUUAAUUGUAGUAAUCUACUCAAAGUGCAAGAUAAACUUUUUGAAUAAACUGAAAUAUAUAUUUUUUACAUACAC